CCGGAGGUUGGAUAACACCAAGACAAUAAUGUUACAGAUCUUUAGUAUGCAUUAUUGUGCUUAGUUUUCUUUAUUACAGACUAUCAUGUAAGAUGGUAAGUGUAUGUCCUGUAAGAUGUUAAUAUGAAGUAAGAUGUACUUAAUGCUAAAGAUUACAUUGUGGAUUUAUGCCUUUGUUGCAUCGCCGUCGUCAUCGAGGUCGUCGUCGUCGUCGUCGACGACAGACUACCAGAACGGAGCACCAACCACUGAAGCACCGACCACUGAAGCACCAACCACUGAAGCACCAACCACUGAAGCACUGACCACUGUACCAUUAGCAAUUGAACAACUAACUUCAGAACCAGCCGGUGAGUCUUGUUACCAUCCUCUUGGAGUUGAAGGAGGUAAUAUUCUGCCAGACCAACUAUCAGCAUCCUCGGAAAAAAGGGCGAAUCUUGAGGCUCAUCGAGGACGACUCAACACAGUAGAUGAUGGUCUAGGUAAAGGAGGUUGGGCACCAGAAACAAAUGACAUUAACCCAUGGAUUCAAGCCGAAUUCGGUACUGUAAAAGAAGUGAGUGGCGUAAUCACUCAAGGACGCGACGACGCACUGAAAUGGGUGACGUCAUUCGAAGUUCACUAUAGUAUUGAUGGUAGCAAUUUCGAACCAAUAUUGGGAGCAAGUGGUGAAGUUCAGGAUUUUAUUGGAAAUGUGGAUCAAAACACUCCUGUGACAAACAUAUUCAGUGAAACUGCCUACGCUCAAUUCAUCCGUAUCUAUCCAACAAGUUUGAAUAACGAAAUUGGUUUACGAUUUGAAGUUAUUGGCUGUGCAGAGAUUUGUCCCGGAGUUGAGUUUCAUGAUGCAUGUUAUACAUUUAAAUGCGGCAACAAUGAUUUCGUUGAUUUGGUGAAUAAGUGUGACGUAUCCGAUGCUAACGUUGUUUCAAUUCAUUCACUGGAAGAGGCAAACAUUGUCAGGCAAUUUGUUAUUGAUUCCGGGUACAACAAUGCUUAUAUUGGCCUUCUAACUGAUGAAACAAAUUCGUAUUAUUGGACAGAUGGCAGCGAAGUUGAUUACAUGUAUAAUUCUACUGACUUACAAAUAUUUGAGAAUCAGAGAUGCCACAUUAUAGACGCAGCAAGAAACUAUGAGUGGGAAGAACAAGGAUGUGACGUUAGGUACUGUGGUAUUUGUAAAAAACAAGUACCUACCACUGUAGCACCUACCACUUUAACACCAACCACUGUCGCACCAACCACUGUCGAAGCAACCACUGUCGAAGCAACCACUGCAACACCAACCACUGUAGCACCUACCACUGUAGAAACAACCACUGUAGCACUAACCACUGUAGCACCAACCGCCGAAUUACCAACAACUGUACAACUAAAUACUGCAGAUGACAUACAUUCUUUCUACAUGGAAUGUGUAGUUGAUACUUGUUUGUUACAGGAAUCUGGACUAUAUACGAUUCCUACUGACUCAGUCGUACGUUUCAGUAUAAAUAACGAUAUAGUAGAUAUUUACGUAUCUUGGAAUGUUGCUGAUGCAAACAAUGAAAUUGUCAAUAGCGUAGCUAAUGAGUCAUCAAUCAUGUAUACAUUUACAAAGAGUGGGUUAUACAAUAUUGAAAUGAUUUUAUCUGGUGCUGAAGUGGAAACUGAUGUUUCGGUAAAGAAGCAAUUGUUGGUCGUCAGACCAAUAGGUGGCAUUUCUGUCGUCGAAGGACCGAGGGUUGAUGUGUUUGAAAACAAAACAUUCAAUAUUUCGUUUUUGAAUACGGGGUAUGGCGCAUGUGUUGUUGUAGAUUUUGGAAAUGGACAUUCUGUAAGGUACGGAAACAAAAGUUGCAGUGGAUUCACAAUGAUAGCUUGGAUGGGGAACUUGACUAGCAAUUUUAAAGUAUCUACUGUCUGUCAGGAGCGUUUGAGCUACAAUAUGAUUGUUUACGGGUUGGACCAGUUUUCAUACGAAAAAGUGAAUUUCAUCUAUGCCAUUGCCCCCAAAUCAUUAGAUUGCAAUGUACCAAUUGUUAAUAUAUUCGAUAGCCACACUGAUCCCGCAAAUCCGAGGAAAUUGGAAUUUAGCCAAGAUAUCAUGCUUGAAGCAGAGGUGUUGUUCGAUUGUCAGACAUCCAAAAAUCAGAAAUCUUGGAGUGUUGAAAGAGUUUCACCGGGAACGGAUUCUACAAUCAACGGAACAUUGCAAAAUGUUGAUACAGAAACAUUCGGAGAUAAAGUUUAUGAUUCUGGACCUUUAACCUUAGUUCUCAAACGGAAGGCGUUGAGAAUAGGUUUUUAUCGCUUUAAACUCGUGGUUUCCAUGGAAUCAAUGCUUACAAGUGGAGCUGUUUUUUCAGCAUUUAAAGAGGAAUAUGUGGAAAUAACGGCUAGUCAUUUACACGUGAAACUAAUAGAUGGUGACUCCAAAGACAUUAGGAUAGGGCACGGUGAUACUUUAACACUUUCUCCACAAUUAUUUUCACGAGAUCCCGAUGUGAGCCAGGACGACGAACAGGCAUUCGAAUCAUUUUCUUACUAUUGCCGCCAAACCACGGAAGAGUUCAAUGUUACAAAUGGUGGGGGACUUAGUUUAUUAUCAACCAAUAGGCAAAAUGGACAUUUCUCGGGCUGCUUUGGCUCUGGGCCUGGGAAGUUGAUUUGGGAUGCUGGAAUCUUUACCUUGGAUACAAGUUUAAUGCGAUCAAAUCUAGAUUAUGUUAUGAUGGUGGUUAUAAGGAAGGGCACCAGAGUAGGAGAGUCUUCUAUUGUUGUCCGCGUCAGAGAUGGCAACCUGAUAAUUCCGGUUAUAAAUGUUAAUGUACAGCCAUCAGCCGUGAAUGGUGUCUUGCAGCUUAACCCAUCUGCCGAUAUCCGAACAUCAGGAGUUGUUGCUGAUAUUGGCGACGCGGAUCUACAGUUCAACUGGAACGUAAUCAGAAAGGAAUUCCAUGAUUCUGUGUACGAAACGAUAGAGGAUUUGACCACACAUACAUAUGGUCAGCAGACAGACUCUUUCUUCAUUUCAAAAAGCCUCAUGUUGUCAGAUCUCAGAUACACGGACUACAAGAUCACACUUUCGGUAAAUUCAUCACAACGUUCUGGAAGUUCUUCGCUGGAGUUCACCAUUAACCUACCACCUUCGGGGGGCGUAUGUUUGCUAUCUUCACAUAGUCUGGUGGUCUUGGAGCCUGUCUUGGUUAACUGUACAGGAUGGUUGAACAUCGUACAGUAUUCAUAUUCAAUGAAAAAAUCUAAUGAUUCCAUUCCACGUUCUCUGCAAUCUGGACGGGAAGCCGUGCAGACGAUAUACCCGUUGGAAGGCCAUCCUGAUAAAGAUUAUAUGGUUGAAAUAUGGGUCAACAUCGAAAAUCGAUUAGGUGUUUCCAUCGACUUCAUGGUUGACAUAAUUCAGGUCAGACCACUUGAGGUUACUUCAGAUGAAUCUGAUGAACUCCUUAACGACUUGCAAGAAAUGACUUGCGGAAAUAGAUCCAUAUACGCUGAAUUACUUGCAGAAGGCAACUGGAAGACAAUUUCCGAACAUGCAUCAAGAAACGCUGUACUACUGAAUAAUAUUGGAGCUAUACAAGUUGUAAACGCAUCGCAAACAGCAGAGGAACUAGAAGAGAGUAGAAUUAGACGUGCAAAUAUACGAAUGUCAAUUGUAGAACUAUUAGCCAAUUCUUCGAUUCCUCCUGUGCCAAGUUCAGUAACUGACAGAUUAGGACUGCUCACCACUGUUACUGAAAAGACAGAUGAAAUCAACCAAGACACUAUUGGACUAAUGGUAAAAACAAUCGAGCGGCUAAUAGAAAAUAUCGAAUUUUUUCAAGAUGACACUGAAGAAAAUAAGGUUCUAAAUGGGGCAACACAAGCAUUGUCAGUGAUUGGUAAUGUGUUAGAGGGAUCAUCGUUUGGCUUUUCAAAUGCAUUAAAUGGCAGUGGGUCAGAUCCGGUUCGGGCUGGUCAGCAAGUAGCUGAACUUGAUAAAUUAUUCGAUCGAUUAGUUAAUAUUGCUAUGAAGGGCAGAAGUCGACAUGAGCCGCCGAUUACAAUAUCUACAACAACGUUUACACUGUCGAUGAAAAGGUUGUCUGUCCGGGAUCUUGAUCAGAACUCAUUGAAGGCAGGGGGAGGGCAGUUCAAUGUCCCUCCAUGUGAGGUAUUACUUGGAGAAGAAUUGUGUUCCCAAGAAAACGAUAUCGAUUUACAGGUAAAGGAAACUUUUUCAAAUCCGUAUAAUUUUGGAAAAUCUGUAAAACGAAUUUCUUCAGAUAGUAAACUUUUGAGCCUAUCAUUUGCAAAGGAGGAUGGUGUAGGACAUACUGUCGAAAACAUACGGGAACCCAUAGAGAUUAUUGUUCCGAGGAAGACAGCACAGGUUAUACAAUGGCAGGAUGUCAAUGCUGAUCCAAUCAACGAAAAAUUUAGAAUGUACCAUAGAGUGGACAUUGCCAACUCGGAUACAUCAAUCACAAUAGAUUUUCAACCUCAUUGCAUUAAUACUACUUAUGAAAUAACUCUGGCGCAUGAAGAUUAUCCAGAUAGCCAGAACAACAUAUUUGUUGAAAUGAUUUACGCAACAAAAAACGUUGAAGGUUAUGUGUAUCGUAUAUUCAUUUCAUCAAGCAUCAUCGGGCCUAGGACUGGAGUGUUUUAUUUGGGUGUGGCAGAAAUAAUCGACGAUGAAGAGGCGGAUGAUGGCAGUAGCUCGUCUUCUUCCGUAUUCAUAGUCCAGGAAGACGUUCUUAUAUCUGAAACUUUCACUUGUAAUUAUAGUGUUCGAAUCUUCGUAUCUGGUUGCAAUUUUUGGAACAAAGAGGAGGAAACAUGGAGUAGUAGUGGAUGCAAAGUUGGACCUGAAACCAGUGUGUCCUAUACCCAGUGCUUGUGCACACAUUUGACAACCUUCGCCAGUUCUUUCAUCAUUCCACCAGCACCUUUGGAUUUUGAUUACAUAUUCGCAAAUGCUGACUUUCUUGACAAUAUUGCUAUAUAUGUAACGAGUAUAGUCAUCUAUGUCUUAUUCAUCCUUAUUUUUAUCUGGGCAAGAAGAAAGGAUAAACAAGAUGAAGAGAUGGUUGGAAUGGUACCGUUAGCCGAUAAUGAAAUUAAUGAUAGGUAUUUCUAUGAAGUUACUGUUUUAACUGCUGAUAUUCCUUCAGCCGCAACCAAGUCAAAGGUCAGCUUAAUCGUCAGUGGUUCAAAUGGUGAUACAGGUGUGAGGACAUUUGACAAAAUCAAGAGACCGAUUUUCAAGAGAGGUGCGGUGGACAAGUUCUUAUUAUCAACAUCAAGAGACAUUGGAACCCUGGAAGCAGUUCGCGUUUGGCAUGACAACUCAGGAGAGGGAAAAUACCAGAGCUGGUUUUUACAUUCAAUAAUUUUACGGAAUAUCAUAACGGGCGAAGUGUACAACUUCUUGUUCAACAACUGGUUAUCUCUGACAAAUGGAGACGGAUUAGUUGUGCGUUCGAGUCUCACUGCUUCAACUUCAGAAAUGAAAGCGUUCAGCAAUUUGUUCGGUGGGCAUGCUCGCAAAGCUAUUCGAGAUGAUCAUUUGUGGUUCUCCAUUUUCUUGAGACCGCCAGUGAGUACAUUUACUCGACUACAGAGGGCAGUGUGCUGUAUGAUGGUAAUAUGGUUGGAGAUGCUAGUCAAUAUUAUGUGGUAUAAAAGCGUUCCACCACCGGAAGCUACCAAGUCAAUAAGUCUGGGACCAAUAAAGAUCACUACGGCAGAGAUUGGUGUCGGAAUCAUGUCAAACCUUAUAGUUUUUCCAGUUAGCAUUUUAAUUAUCGCAGUCUUCAGGAAAGCUCGAAGUAGAACACGAUCAUCUGUAUUUACUGAGAUAAUUCAGCAGAGAAAAAAGGUUAAUGAUGUAAAUGCAAACUUAGAUGGUGCAAGUGAAUUGGACAACGUUGUUGUAUCUGAAAGCUACUCUGAUACAAAAAUGAAUGAGAAAAAUUAUGGAGUAAUAAGAGAUAACAGCAGCUCACUAAGAAAAAGGAAAAAACUACGUAAAAAGAAGAGAAAGACAUUUCCGUGGUGGGUUAUAAUCCCUGCAUGGACAGCAGCAGUGUGUACCAUUUUAGUGUCAACUCUUUUUGUCAUAUUCUACGCAAUUCAAAUGGGUAAUGAAGAGGCUUGGGCGUGGUUAACAUCAUUAUGUGUAUCAAUAUUUGCUGGAAUUGUAUUCACUCAACCAAUCAAGGGAUUGGUAAUUGCGGUGAUUUUUGCAUCGGUAUGUAAAUUACAAGUACAAGAUUCCGAUGAUGAAGACAACGAAGAUGAUAUUCCAGAUGAAUUAGAAGAAAACAUUGAACAAGUUGAUGGUCAAGCAGUAACCAAUGGUAAACAUGGUAGAGAAGAUGUAAAAGUUAACACAAAUUCGCCGAAUAAAAACUUGAAGAAAGAGGAACUCCAACAUAAGAGAAAACAGCGUUUGUACGAGAAGAAGUUGGAUUCUAUACUUCAGGAAAUUUUCUUCCAUCUUAUUUUUGUUUUCGUUGCUUUUAUAAUUUGCUACGCUGAACUCGAUUCCAAUGCUCACAGAUACAAAUAUCAUCUUGAGAACACAUUCGUUAAAGCAUCCUCAUUUGGAGUUCUUCCAUUUGAAAAUUUAUCGCAUCCUGGAAAUUUUUGGUUAUGGAUGAGAAAAAUAUUUUUACCUGGGGUAUAUGCGCCUUCUAUUUCCAAUAAUAGCUACCUAGAUAAUUCAGACGACAUUAUGGCGGACGAAAUGUCUUAUAUUCUUGGCUAUCCUGUUAUAAGACAGCUUAGAGUCAAACCAGAUCUCUGUAGUUUACACGAAACAGUAGCAAAUAUUUUUAAUGAAUGCAACAUUGGUUACUCGGUUAUACAUGAAGAUAUGGAUAACUACGGGCCGCACUGGACAACAUUCAAUGAAUCUCAUGUAUCAAAACCAUUCACAUAUCGAAACGCGAGCGAAAUCAACGGCUAUCCAUUUGUUGCUCGCCAUGCUAUCUACAGUGGUGGAGGUUACAUACUCAAAAUGAAAGGGAGAAUGACCAAAAUUGUCAAAAACUUAGACUUUCUUUUUAAUACACGCUGGUUUGAUAAGUAUACACGAGCUGUGUUUAUUGAACUUUUCUUGUACAAUCCUCAAGUCAAUCUCUUUGCUUCUGUAAUUCUAGUUCUCGAGGUAUUACCAACAGGUGGUUCUUAUCCGUAUUAUAGAAUUGAUGUUAUUCGGUUGUUAUCUAAUGCAGACGGAUUCAGAUACAUUGUAAUCAUAUGCAACGCAGUGUACUUUAUAUUCACUCUUUCUUUUAUUUUUAAUGAGUUUAGAAAAAUUUUCAAAGAGAAGAAAAAGUACUUCUUGCAGGUAUCGAACGUUUUGGAAUUUUUGAUAAUGUUUUUUACAGUUUUUUCGGUAAUAUUAUUCAUUAUGAGAAUACAAAUUGUCAAUUCCAUUCACAAAGAAAUCGAAGAGAAAGAGGGCUCUGGCCAUGUCAAUCUAGCGUUGGCUGUAUACUUUAAUGACAUAUUUACUUGUCUGUUAGGUUUCAUCCUGUUUUUUGGAACAUUGAAAUUUCUGAAACUUCUACGUUUUAACCAGUAUAUUGCAAUAUUUUUCAGGAUAUUUCAAUCUUCAGCAAAAGAUCUCAUAAGCUUUUUUAUUUUCUUAUCCAUUGCAUUUCUUGCAUAUUCAUCACUUUUCUACUUAACGUUCUCAGUGAUUCUUCAUGAUUAUGCUAGUUUUUUUACGGCAGUAGAGUCGAUUAUUAACACUGUUAUGGGCAACUUUGACGUCAAAUCUAUCACUUCUGCAAACAGAAUUUUAGGUCCAAUCUAUCUGUUUUCAUUACUUACAUGUUUUGUGUUUUUAUUUUUCAACAUGUUUCUCGCAAUUAUAAUGGAUGCUUAUGAAGUAAUGGUAGGCGGAUGCGCAUUACAAAUUACUGCAUCAAACAUCUGGGAACACUUGAAAAAGAAAUGUAUAAAGAAAAUAAACACAUGUUCUGAACCAAUUAAGGAUGUGGAAAAUGACAAUGAAAAUGACGUAACAGAAAAACAUAUUAAUUUACAAAAUAGCAUAGAUAUGUUACAUAUACAUGUUACACAAAUGUUUCAAAAUGAGCUUGAAUAUUGCAGUCAAAUAGAAAAAAUCGAGAAAUGUAUAUUUGCUUCAAAUAAAUGCGAAUAAAUGACUCAGAGAUCACAGGAAGUUAUCACUUCUCUAGUAAGCAACAUAAUGAGUGGAUUUAAUAUCCGUUUGUGUCUUUAGGCAUACAAUCAAGAUUUUUAUGUGUUUUUAUGAGUUGAAAAUUCCCUAGUAAGAGAAUCCAGAGCUUGAUUUGGACCAUUACACAAUGUGAAUCUUAUUCAAUUAACUCAGGGAAGAGGACUUCCUAGGUCACCGUGGUCUAUGGGAUAAACUAAUUCCUAUUAAAAUAUAAAAAAAAUGACUAAAUAAUAAUAAUAAUAAUAAUAAUAAUAAUAAUAAUAAUAAUAAGCUUUAUUUAAAACACGGAAAGUUAUUAUUCUGCAAGGCCGUGUAUACAACAAUUUAACCAGAAAAUCAAAAGGAAAAAAAAAUGACUUAAAAUAAACAAAUCAAACAAUUGUUUAAACACACAACUAUCUAAAAAAGACUUAAGUCUUAAACUAAAUUAAUUACACUAAACAAACUUGAACAAAACAAAAAUACUGUAGUUUAUGUAAGAAAACCAUAAAGGUGUUAAACAGUUGAGUGUUACAAUGUCGCAAUUAUAUACUUUUUGUAGUCAGUUUUUGGUUUUGGCAAUAUUAAUUCUGGUUUAGUUAGAGACAAAUCUGUUAGAUACACGUAAAUAAUGAGGUACAAGGUUACCGUAUUCAUAAUCUUAUACAUAGUGAUGGCUUCAUUUAUAUACAACCUUUGGUCUAAAUUCAUCCAUUUAAGGCUUUGCAGAGCUUGAGUACUGGAAUCACUUCUCGAUUUGUUUAAAAUAAUUUUAGCUGCACGGUUUUGUAGAACUUGGAGAGUUUUACUUUGUAUUUGAUUUGUACAUCUCCAUACAACAUGGCAAUAUUCAAUGUGCAUCCCGCGAGUGAUUUGUAUAGUUUGCAUUGGACAUCUUAGGAAAGAAUUUGGCUGGCUUUUUUCAGAUAGUACAAGCUCUGCAAAGCCUUCGAUUUUACAUGAUCUCUUUGUGGACACCAAGAAAGGCUCUUAUCUAGUAUUACACCAAGGUGUUUACAUUGACUGACAUGAGUAAUAGGCUCUCCAUCAAUGUUAAUAUUUACCUGAACAUUUUAUAAUUUAGCUAAUUUUUGCCUUGUGCCUAUUACCAUGUACUCUGUUUUUUUAACAUUUAAACUUAGAUUCUUUGUUAUAAGCCAUCUCUUGAGUUCUAUCAAGUCGUUAUUAAUUGUAGAAGUAAGGUUAUUAAUAUUUUUAUCUAUACAAUAUACUGCAGUAUCAUCAGCAUACAUAAGUAGCAGAUUUUGAUAUUUCUGUAGGCUUAUUUAGCUGUGGUUUACUAUAGGUAUAAGCAUAUAAUAUGAUUGUAAAAUGGUAUUUUAGCAUAUUGGCAACUAGAGUUAAUCAAUAAUUUCAUUCAUCUGUUACUCUAAUUCAUGACAUAUGAUUCAAUUUGAGUUUGUAUUAAUUUGCAUCUCACCACAUUCCGGUAAAGUUAUGCCUAUAUAUAUUUACAUAUAAAAGUUUAUACGUGAUAUAUAAUCGUUGGUAUCACAAAGUAAAUAAUAAUAGGUCACAUUACUAAUUUUAUUUUUACUAGGACCAACAAACUUAACAGAGGUUAAAUGGUUCCGUAUGAAUUAUUCCCUGGUUAAUACAUUAAGAUCAAUAUGAUAUGAUUAUACACGGGACAAUGCAUUUAGCACUUGCUAAGAUGUCAUCAGAUGAAAUCCCAAUAGUCUGAGGGGUGUAAUUGCACACGAUGUCACAAUUGGAUAGAAGUACAGUCAAGUCCGAGAACAAAUUGUAGAAAUCAGAAGAAUGUAAAAAUGGACUAAAAUGAGUGAUAUAAAAUCUUUAUUAAUAUUUAAAGCUACAUUUUGUUUAAAGAUUUUAAAUAUUUGACUUUUAAUUGUAAAUUUGUAGUAAUUCAGUUGUUUUUAGUUUUACUGCCUAUAUACAGUAGUAUUACACUUGAAUAAAGUUUUUUUUAAUUGAAUUUACACUGGCUCAAUAUAAAAAAACCAGCUAUUUUCAAGUUACUUUUGUUGACUUUCAAGUCACUUAGCUUUCAUCUGUUUAUUUACUCAAUCACCUUUCCAAAUAUUCUCCUCUUCGUCAUCUUCGUUCUUCAUCUCAAAAUCUCUUGACUGUUCCGCCUCGUAAAGGCAAAUCAAAGACUUAUGGUCAACAUGCUUUUUUCUUUUUAAGCCCCCUUUAUAUGGAAUUCCUUGCCGCUUUUUGUUCGCGAUUCGUCUUAUUUGCUUUCUUUUAAAAAAAUUUUAAAACUUAACUUACUAGAACGUUAACUUGCUUUAGCUUUAUUUCCUCACCUAGCGCCUUUGAUAAAUUUUUGAAUUGGCGCUAUAUAAGUAUUUGUUAAAUAAUAAUAAUAAUUAUUAUUAUUAUUAUUAUUAUUGAAUUUAUCUAUAUAUCCAUCCUCCAUCUAUUUUCUCUAUAAGCCAAACAUUAUUAUUUAUCGUAACCAAAUUUUAUGCAUCAGUACUAGAAAAUAUACCAGUCAUAAGCUCACCCUCUGUAGCAUGGAAGAUUAUGGAACAGCAUGGUAGAAUCUAUUAAUUCUGCUAAUCGCCACCGCGUAACUUCCCCCAGACAAAACAUACUAAAUAUAUUGGGUGACUAUCAAAAACUUUAUUCUGCCAAUUUUAUACAUGUCUUUGAUUUGUCACAAUGAAAUUGUAAUAAACCACUCAAUUUAGUUCAGAACUAUGACAACAAAACAAAUAUAUAAAAUAAUUAGUACAGUAAUACAGUAUGUAUAUGAUCAUAAAAACAUGAAAAUGAAAGACACAUUAUAAAGCUGGAAUGUUAAACCCCCGCCCCCUCUCCC